AUGGCCCCGAUCAUCAACAUCAAAAUCAACAUCAACCUCAGCCCCCUCAACCUCAGACUGCCAUCUCACUCGCAGAGUCCGUCCACUGUUUUCGAACCACCGAUCGACCGAGGUCUUCGACUAUCCGAGCCAAACGUCUACAUCUUUGACCCGGCGUCCUUCCGAGCCGGCGCCGCCGCAACCAUGCAGACAACAUCACAGAUGCUAGCCAUGAGCAAGCUGCUCGGCCGCAUCGCCAAGCCUGCCAACUUCACCCUCACAUCCAACCCCAUAGCCUUCAACAACACCAUGGUAUCGUGGCUCACUGACCCCGACUUUCACCUCCCCAACGGCAGCAUUGUCGGCCUGUGUUGCUCCAGCCUUCUAGGCCUGCAGUUUCCAGAGGACGCGGCCGCCGGCACCGACGGCCUGCUCACCGACUUCCGCCGCUUCCUGCUCGCCACGUCUCUCACCCAUGCCCGCUGGCGUGACAGUAGCCUCAAGGUCGUCCAGGCCCGCGACAUCUGCGCUGCGGGUCAGGUGUCAGGAUACCGCCUCCUCAGACGCCUCGAUCGCAUUCUCACCCCGCAGUUUCUAUCUCGCAUCGGCCGUGACUCCUGUCAAGUAUUAUUCCUCCUCGUGCUGGGUGCUGUCCUGGGGGUGGGCUAUUCAGGCUCGCAGUUAGAGGACCACUCGCCUCAGUUUCCCUCAGCCGAGAUGCUCAGUCCCGAGUUCCAGCGCAGCCCGACAUUAUGGUUGGCCAUGAAGGAGCACUUGUGUCAGAUGCUGGCGCACCAUUUGAUUUUCGUCGGGUCUAUGCUCGGGAUCAAGUUGGGAAACCGCGGUGGAACGGCGGAUUAUCGACACCGCCGUGAGCCGGUGGAACAAGGCCGAGGAGUUUGUUUGGGCGGAUGGUGUGGGCUAUAA